AUGCGUGCCGAAGUUGUGCAAGCUGAAGAUGGCAUUCCUCUUAAGUAUUAUCACAUAGCAGGUCGGUCAAUGCACAAUAUGGUUGAGCAGUUUAUACAAAAUGGGCAAUUAGAUAAGGCCUUUGUUUUAGCAAUGAAAUUUGCUAUAUUAUAUCUUGAAAAGCUACCCAAACAUAUAGAAUACAAAAAUAUGCUUGAGAGCGAGCGAAAAGAGUGGAAAGAUAGAUGUAAUUUAAUGCUUAAACGAGCUGCUAAUUUAAAAACCGAAUUGUUGGGCAUUUAUGAACAAGAAUCUGCUGAACACGAAAAGAAACAAAAAGAGAUUAACAUUCUCUCAAAUUCGACUAUUAAUCAGCCACACAAUCCUCGAGAAUCCAUGAUGCUUCCACCUGUUACAACUUUUAACGAUAAUUUGCCAUCGUUUCCUGUACUUGAUUUAUCAACUCUUCCCAUCAAUCGGAAUGAUGAAUGCAUAGAUGUAGAUUUACCACCUGUUCCCGCAUUUCCUAAAGUUGAUCGUUCACUAAAACCCGUCUACUCCAAGCACUCUUCAGAAAGGAAUGAAUAUGACUGGGCUACAGUUCAUUUGCCCAUUAGUCUACCUACUGAGUUCCUUCGCUUAGCAGAGGCAAACACUAGAAGAAAUCUAGAAACAUGUGGAAACCUGUGUGGGCGAUUAAUCGACAAUGAAUUCCGCAUUACUGAUUUAGUGAUAUUAAAGCAGAAAGGCACUCCUGAUUCAUGCACUACUACGAAUGAGGAGGAACUUUUUGAUUAUAUGGAUCAAGCCUGCUUGAUACCAAUUGGUUGGAUUCACACUCAUCCUACACAAACAGCAUUCUUAUCUAGUGUUGAUCAGCACAUGCAAUUAUCCUACCAAUUAAUGCUACCAGAAGCUGUUGCUGUAGUGUGUUCUCCGAAAUACAAUGAAACAGGGUGCUUUUCUCUCACACCUGAUCAAGGAAUACCUUAUUUACAAAGCUGUGCUAAGGUUGGCUUUCAUCCUCACUCAACAGAUAUUCAGAUAUUUCGGGAGAGUCCACAUGUCAGGAUGAAUGAUUCAUUAAAAUUUACUGUUACGGAUCUCCGUUAG